CAUCGGUUGUGUUAGAUUUUUUCGGGCUAAAACCAAGUAAUAUUGUUCUGAUGGCAUAAUGUCGUUUGUUUUCUAUAGUGUUUGAGUUUGCGCACUGGAACAUCAGUACCUAACCUUUAAAUAUCAAUACUUCACUAUACAUUACAGGGCUCAUAAUCGCUAUAUUUAAAAUGCGCAUGCGUUAUAAGUGCCCAGCCGACUGCAAAAGAAUCGCUACACAAUAUCCACGUAACAUACUCAAGUGUUUUAAAAUAUUUAAAGUACCGUAGGCUUGUUAUGCUACCGCUUGUUGGUAAUUGACCAUGUCUGUAUCGAUAAACAGUUUUGAAAGAUGUUGUCGACUUUGUGCCGAAGAACAAGAUGUGACGAUAAAAUUAUUCAGUGAGGAGGCAGAAGCAAUGCUUCUGACCAAAAAGUUAAAUAAAUACUUGUUGAUAGAGGUUGAAGAAGAUGAUAAAUUACCAAAAAAUAUUUGCAUCAAAUGUUGUUCGAAAUUACAAUUAGUAUGCGAUUUUAUUGAUCAAGCUGUCAAAGCGCAGGAGAUAUUAAACAAGCGCAGCAUUGUUUUGUGCCCUAACAAAGAGCCAAUAGAAACUUACCAUGUAAUAAAGCAGGAACCUGAAGAUGAAGUUAUGUAUGAACCUGAUAGUGAUUCUAAAUUUACAACCAUGGAAAUUAGUGUUGAUCCUUUGAUGAUUCUACAAAACUCGGAAGAUUCCCUAUCAUCUAACCCUGCAGAAAAUAGUGAAAAUGAUGAACAAGAUGUUGCUUACCAACAUAGGAUUAAUGUGGAAGAUUUAACCUAUCUACAUGGGGAAGAUGAAUCUUACCUACAUGGGGAAGAUUUAACUCAUCUACACGGGCUUGAUGGGGAAGAUGUAAUUGAUUCACAUGAGGUUGAUGGGGACGAUGUUACUUUUCACCACAGGGUUGAUACAGAAGAUGUAGGUCAUCUACAUGGUGUUGAAAGUCUUAAAGUAAGUAAUGUACAUGGUGCUGAUGUGGAAGAUGUAACUCAUUUAGAUGAAGAUGAUGGUGAAGAUGUUACCUAUCUCCAUGCGGUAGAUGGGGAAGAUGUUACAAUAAAACUGAUUAAAAGGGGUGAUAAGACAGAUGACUCAAAUUCAAAAAAUGAGGUUGAAAAACCUUUCCCGUGUCUUACAUGCCAUCGAGCUUUUCAUACAGAGAUAGCUUUGAGAGGCCAUUUAUGGGUUCAUCAAAAUGUAAAUGUUGUUAAAGACAAACAAUAUAAAUGUGGUUAUUGUAAGGACCAGUUUGACCAUAAAACAGAAUAUUUGAGUCAUUUAAAAUGGCACAGUACACCUGGAAUGUGCCAAGUAUGUGGAAGGAGGUUUAGGACAGAAUCCAAUUUAAAAUCACACAUGGAUUCACAUUUUUCAACCACUAGCAAAUCACAUACAUGCAAAGUGUGUGGACGUUCAUACAACACAAGCAGCAAUUUGAAAACUCACAGUGUAACCCAUAGUAACGAAAGGCCAUAUGUGUGUCCAUAUUGCAAUAAAUGCUUCAAACGAAAUCAAGAUUUAAAGUUCCAUAUUAAUCAACAUACUGGAGAAAAACCAUAUAAAUGUCCAUUCUGCGACAAAACCUUUGCUAGUUCUGGCAAUUGCUACUCACACAAGAGCCGUAUGCAUCCAGGCAGAUUUUUCGAUCGAAAGAAACCAGUAACUGGAGUAACAGAUGAAGCCAAAAUAAGAAAAAUACAAGCAAUGCGUCAAGGAAUUAUCAAAAAAAUAGAUGCUAAAGAUAAGGACAUUCAAUCUAUGCAAUUUCGGCCUAUAGCACCUAAACCUUCUUAUACUAUUGUAAAAGGAGCCUUGAAAUACCAGUGCAAUGUGUGUGAACAUAGUUUCCUGAAAAGAGACAAUUACAAUUACCACAUGUUCCAACAUACAGGUGAGAAGCCAUUUAGUUGUUCAUUAUGCAGUGAAAAGUUUGUAACCAGACGAGGAGUUUUAAUUCACCAUGACAAGAAACAUCCAGAGAACAACCGGCCACUUUCUUUACUAUCCCGAAAUGCAUUGCUCAAGUAACAAUGAGUUGAAAUCUAACAACCGCCAUCACAAGCAUAAUCCAGAUUUAUGAAAGCUAUACUGUGCAUAUGGAUAAACAGUGUUUAUAUUAAAGUAUGUAAAUAAAGUGUAAAUGUUAAUAUUCAGGCUGUCAGUUUAUUCUUCAUCAGUCAUCAAGAGCCCCCUCUUGGAAAUAGCUUAUUUGAAUCUGGAAAAGUUGUUCCCAUUCAACUAGCAUUGGUAGAUUUUUAUAAAUAUUUUAAGGCAAUUUGUGUAGAUAAUAA